GCUGGGAGGCGGGAGGCUGGGGGACUGUGGAGCUGCCCGAUGGCUGGGAGAGGACUGGAUUCUGGGCGGCGCCAAGGCUGUGCGGGGGCGCGCUCACCGCCGGCGAGGCGAAGGCGGCCACGUCCCGCUCCCCCCGGCUGAAGAAGCCGCCCCGGGUUUGUCCUCUGGGCCUCCAGACAUGUCCGACGUGAAGAACAGGAAGAAAUCUGGGCCCAAGGGAGCCCUCGCGGACCCCGGCAAGCGGAGCGAGGGCGGCCACAGCGCGGAGGCCCAGGGCGGCCGAGGCGGGGGCUGGGCAGACCCCCGGACGGGCCUGAGCCUCCUGUCGCUGGGGACGUGCCUGGGCCUGGCCUGGUUUGUAUUUCAGCAGUCAGAAAAGUUUGCAAAAGUGGAAAGCCAGUACCAGUUACUGAAAUUAGAAACCGCCGACUUCCAAGGACUUCAAAGUAAAAUCAGUUUAAUUUCAGAAAAGCUUGAGUCUACUGAAAGUAUCCUGCAGGAAGCUACAGCAUCCAUGUCUUUGCUGACCCAGUUUGAACAGGAAGUAUCCAGCCUACAAAGUAUCAUGCAUGACAUUCAAAAUAAUGAAGAGGUGCUCACUCAAAAGAUGCAAAACCUUAAUCAAAAACUCCAGAAUAUUACAGAUUUCUGGAAGAGAAGCCUAGAAGAAAUGAAUGUUAACACAGACAUUUUCAAAUCAGAAGCAAAACACAUACAUUCUCAAGUUACUGUCCAAAUCAACUCGGCUGAGCAAGGAAUAAAAUUGCUCACUGAACGGCUAAAAGAUUUGGAAGAUAGCACACUAAGAAAUAUUAGAACAGUAAAAAGACAAGAAGAAGAGGAUCUUCUGAGAGUAAAAGAGCAGCUUGGCUCUGAUACAAAAGCAGUUGAAAAGUUAGAAGAAGAGCAGCAUGCUCUCUUUGCCAGAGAUGAAGAUCUGACUAAUAAACUUUCCAACUAUGAACCAAAAGUUGAAGAAUGCAAGACACAUUUACCAACAAUUGAAAAUGCUAUUCACUCUAUUCUCAGAGUCUCUCAGGAUCUGGUAGGAACAGAAAAGAAAAUGGAAGACUUGACUUUGCAGAUGUUUAAUAUGGAAGAUGAUAUGCUGAAAGCAGUAUCUGAAAUAAUGGAGAUGCAGAAAACCCUUGAAGGAAUGCAGUAUGACAAUAGCAUACUAAAGAUGCAAAAUGAACUGGAUGUGCUAAAAGGAAAAGUUCGUGACUUUGUAGCAUAUUCAAGUACAAAAGAAAAGGGAAUUCUAGAAGAUCAGACUCUAGAAAAUAAAGGAAUUGAUGAUGACUUUUAAAUUCACCACAUUUAUUCUGAUGAUCCAUAUCAUUAUAUGUAAAUUGAUUAGUUUCAUGUUUUUGAGUUAUUUUAAAAUGCCUCACUUUAUCCUGCAUUGUUGGAAGAUAAAUGAGAUAUCCACAUACAUGGAUUAUCCACAUAAUCAGAGCUUAUAUUUUUUAACUAAAAUAUUUUUUGUUUUUAUCAUUUAAAAUAGAAGUAAUUUGAAAAUAUACAUUUCUGUAUUUAAAAACAAUAUAUUUAAUGUUUUAAAAACAUUUUUCUAAUGAUGAAUGAGCAUCAUUAUUAAUUUCACUUACUAUUUUAGGCCCAAAUACACUGCUGUCUCUAGGAACUAUUAAACAAUUUUUACCAAUUCAUUAAAUUGCUGUUUUUCAAACCUGUGUCUCUAUCUUAUACCUUUUCUGUCAACUUACCUUGCUGUCAGGUUAGCUGGGAAUAUGCCUGUUUCAGCCAUAUUCUUCAUGUUCCUUUGUAAUUCACUGCAGGCUAAAAAUCCAUAUAACCAAAUUCAUAGAAAUUUUGUUCAAAUAAAAGUUAAUGUGCCUGAGGGAGAGCCUAGAGGCUUUGCUAUGAAUUACUAUGCACUUUCUAGAAAUUAUAAAGCCUAGGAAAUGAUUUCUUUUUUGUUAAGGUUCUAAACUGUGUUACAGAUACUAAUAAGAAAUGUUAAAUACACUUAAAUAUGUGCUUAUUUAAGACCUUCCCUAUGAAUUGUGUUAUGAGCUUUUGGAAUAUCUUUGUAUACGUGGGCUUUUUAAUAGAAAGCUUUUAUUUAAUAAAUAUAAAUUUUAUAGGUACAACUUAUGGAUUAUAGCGGUUCUUCCCCCCAUACCCACCCUCCUACCUCCAAAUUGUCCCACCUCCUACUCCCUCUACCAUUAAGGUUCUAACUGUUAGACUCUCUGAGUUUGCUAGAUAUAUGAUCUCUAGAUUAACUAGUCUACUCAAAAUAAAAAUACAUCAACAAACUUAUAGAAAGAAAAGGCAGCAUUAUAAUAAAUGGUGACAAAUACGAUAUUAAAAGUAUGUCAUUAAGGGCCAGCACUAUGAUGUAGUAGGUUAACCCUCCACCUGCAGCAUCCCUUAUGGGCACUGGUUCAUGUCCUGGCUGCUCCUCUUCCAAUUGAGUGCUCUGCUAAUGGCCUGGGAAAACAGUAGAAGAUGGCCCAAGCUCUUGGGCCCCUGCACCUACGUGGGAGACCCGAAAGAAGCUCCUGGCUCCUGGCUGCUGUUAUCAAGUUUAAUAACAACUUUAUUUGAACUUAUAUAUACCCUGGUAAUGGUUAUAGAAAGUAAAUGGAAACAAGGUGACCACUGUACUCUAUAGUGACAUUUACAAGGGAAGCAAAACUUGUACUUCUACCUUAUUACAUGAGUAAAUUAUUGAAAUAUAUUUACAUGUAGAUGUUUGUGUCUGUGUGUAUUCCUUUACUAAGCAGAUUCUCCUGUUUUUAAAAAACUGCAUUAGGGACCAGUGUUGUAGCACAGUGGGUUAAGCCGCUGCCUACAAUGCUGGCAUCCCAAUAUGGUAGCAGUUUCAGCCCCUGCUGUUACGGCCAUCUGGAGAGUGAACCUGUGGAUGGAAGAUAUCUGUCUCUGUCUCUCCCUCUUUCUCUGGAAUGCUGCCAUUCAAAUAAAUAACUCUAAAAAGAGAGAGAGAGAGACCCCCUAGAGAUAAAUACACUCAUAUGUCUUCCUCUGUUUCUUCAAUUCAUUUAUUUCAAACUUGAAAUUUCAAAAACUUCCCUGUAUGUCAGAUAUUAAAUUACAUUGUUCAUCUUUUCUUUAAGGAAAACCACCAGUAUCCUAAGACUCAUUUUCUUAGCUUUGUAAUUAAUGAAAAAUUCUGUCAAUUAUGAAGCAGCAUUUGGAGCAGCAGGAUGUCACUUGGGAUGCCCCCUGACACCCCUCUCCAUUCCAGAUUCCUGCUAAUGAGCACCCUGGAAAGCAGCAGGUGAUAGCCCUAGUACUUGAAUUCCUGCCACCAACCAAGGAAACCCAGCCUGAGUUCCAGGCUCUGGUUCCAACUUGGCACCAGCUUGUGAGCAUUUGGGGAGUGAACCAGUAGAUGGAAAAAUCUCUGCAGGGCUUUCUUUCUGCCUUUCAAAUAAACAAAAAUAAAUUAUUUUUUAAAAAAAUUUUAAACUACAAAUUCAAGACUAUUACACUAUAAGCUACCAAGUGAGACAAAGAGGUUUACCAGCAGCUCCCUAAUCUGAUCCUUCUAAGAAGCAGCUAAGCGCUUUCUGAGGUGCUUUAAUUAUGUAAUACUCUUAAGCUACAGUUACUUUGCCAGAAUGGGUACAUUAAUAAAAUGUGACCUAAAAAUCAAAUAGAUGAAAGUAAGCUACCUACUCCUUUCACCCUUGGGAGACUGUUUCAGCAAAUACACUAUAUUAGAGAACUUUCUCCUUAAAAAUAAAACAUGGUUUUGCAAGUACUAGUUGAUUCCCUUCCUAAUUGAAGCUACUCCUUAAUGUCCUACCCCACAAUAACAUUUUCACAAUGCUAAUUUCUCUAACAAAAACCAGUUUGAAUCACCUCCUCCAUGAAUGAUUAACAUAAUGUAAAGCAAUUGAAGAGAAAAAAUCCUAAAAUAUGUUUUAAAACCAAACAGGUAUGAUAGGCAAGGAAGGAAUUGCUACUCUGAGUUCACUGUCAUACUGUCCCAUUUCAGCACUUCACCAUAAUUCUUUUGCACCUAUUUAAAGUUAAAACUAUUUACAACCAUUUAAAGUUAAAACUGCCAUCAAAACAAUAUUCUGAGCAUAUUAUGUUUUUAUUUGCAUUGAACUAAAUUUAUGUUAAUAAAAAUAGCUGAGUAAGCCAAAUUCAACAUAAGAAAGAAUUCACAAAGAAAUGCACAUUUUAGGAAAAAAAAGUUUCCUUUAAACUACAAAUUUAAUUUUGUAAAGAUGUUUUGCAGUUUGCAUAUUUGUUUUAUUCUUUGAGUUUCAAAUCAUCCAUUUAUUGACAUUCUAUAUCCAAACUAUACUACAAGCUCUCAGAAAGUAGAGACUAUUCUCUUUUUUCUUAAUAUUUUCACUUUAUUUGAACAGUAGAGAGAGAACUUGCAUCCACUGGUUCACUCCCCAAAUUCCUGCAACAUCUGGAGCUAGGCCAGGAACUCCAUCUGGGUCUCUCACAUGGGUGGUAGGGACCCAAGUACUUGAGCCAUCAAAUACUGCCUGCCAGGACUUGAACCUGGUGCUCUGAUAUGGGAUGCAGGCAUCCUAGGUGGCAUCUUAACCAACACAUCAAACACCUACUGCCCCCCUUCGUUUCUUGUCUUUUCUUAAGAUAUAUUGAUUGAUUUGAAAAGCAGAGUUGACAGAGAGCGGGAGAAAUGGUGAGGGAGGGAGGAAGUGGGUGUUUGGUGUUUCCAUCUGCAGGUUCACUUCCCAAAUGUCCACAAUGGCAGGAACUGGUCAAGUCCAAAUCCAGGAGCCAGGAGCUUCUUCAGGGUCUCUCAUGUAGGUGCAGGGGUCCAAUGACUUGGGCUAUCUUCCACUGCUUUCCCAGGCAUAUUAGCAGGGAGUUGAUGGAAGCAGAGCAGCCAGCUCAAACCUGUACCCAUUUGGGAUGACAGCACUGCAGGCAGCAGCUUUAUCUAUUACACCACAACACCAGCUCCCUUUAUUCGUUUAUUUUCAUUUUAUUUGAAAGGCAGGGUAGGGGAGAAUCUUCUACUUUAAAACAUAGUCCUGGGGCUGGCGCUGUGGCAUAGCUAGUAAGGUCCCCGCCUGCAGUGUGGGCAUCCCAUAUGGGUGCCGGUUCGAGUCCUGGCUAUUCCACUUCCAAUCCAGUUCUCUGCUGUGGCCUGGGAGAGCAGUGGAGGAUGGCCCAAGUCCUUGGACCCCUGCAUCCACGUGGGAGACCCAAAAGAAGCUCCUGGCUCCUAGCUUCAGAUUGGCCCAGCUCCAGCUGUUGCAGCCAUUUGGGAGAGUAAACCAGGAUAGAAGAUCUCUCUGUCUCUUCCUCUGUCUGUAACUCUGCCUGUCAAAUAAAAAUUUAAAAAAAAAUAAAAUAAAAUACAACUCCCCCAACGUUACCACACACAUACACACACACACACACACACUCUCUCUCACACUCAAAACCCAAAACCCAUUACCAUCAACAACAAUAAAAAUAACAACUUGAAAUGUUGCCAGGCAGUUGAGUGGCUCAACAUGGUUAUCAGCUAAUAUGUCCAAGUUAAACCAGAAUGGCAAUUUAGAAAUAUCAGGAUAUAGUGUAUGAGCAUAUACAUACAUCAAAACAUCACAUUAUAUACCAUAAGUAUAUUAAUAAAGCUGAAAAAGUGUUACCUAGUCUCACUUCACAAAUCUACCAAAGCCCAUUGCAAAGAUUUCCAUUUUCAUUUUCCAGCAACUGAAAAGCACAUCACUUCCAUUUAGCUCAUUUUGUUACAACACAGAAGACCUAUGUUUCAAAAAUGAUAACAGAAAAAUGUAAUUUCCAGUAGCAUUUUGUGAAAUGGCCUUAUGUUUACCUUCUUAUUUUUUAGUAAUGCACUUAAAUUGUUCCAAAGGAUCUUACUUUUGAAGUCAUCUUUUACCAUAUGCUUUCCCAAACAGCAGUGAAGUUGUAGUUAAAAAUAACACAUGAAAAUUUAAGUUGAAUUAUGUUAAACUUUUAGUGGACUUAAUCAUUGUGGUGUUAUAUUUUC